AUGUGCAGAUUGCAACUUAUGCUCCGAAUAUUAGAAUAUGGUUUACCCGUAAUCUUUUCAGUAUUAGGUUCUGAAGCAUCAACAUUAUCACCAUCAGCAUUCAUCUUGGUCCUCAUCAUCCUCACCGGCAUUCGUCUUGGUCCUCAGCAUUAUCAUCAUUAG